UUCUUAGUGAUGCCAUGUGAUUUUGGGUGGCAUCUCUCGAAGGAAGAGUCCUUACCAUAAAUUACCCUUUUGGAUUUGCCGACUUCUUCCCACUCUUUUCUGUAUAAUUUUUCAUUCUCCCUCGUUUUUUUUGCAUCUCUUAUCUUAGAGUAUAUAACGCAAUGUUCCAUUCAAUCAAUUUUGUAAAUACACAGUCAAGUUUCUUAGGAAACUUAAUUUAGAUGUUUUCUAGUCAUAAAUGCAGGUUCAAUUUUGCGGGUAUAAAGUGAAAAGAUGAAGGUGCAUCAGUUCAAUCAUGCUUGAUCAUCAAAGAGUGUGACAUUCAGCAAAAGAGAAAGGUAUCAUUUCUUUCUUUCCAGUACGGUGAUUAUGUAAGCUAGCUAAAACCUACUUUAUGGAGACAAGAGCUAUUAUCCCGUUCAUGGGUUUGUUUCUGCUGAGACUCAUCGAAGCUCUUAUGCACACCAACUGUUUGUGAAAAGUCCUGUGAGGUUCAUCAUUGUAUGUUUUGCGAAGUUCCGAGUCAGAAACCAGUUUAUUCGGUUCUUGUAAUGUGAGUGGAAAGACGAUGAGAGCUUCAAGCUGUGUAGGACUUGGUUUGAGCCUUGUUUUUGGGUGUCUGUUACUAGCUCUUUUCGCUGAGCUUUACUAUCUGUUAUGGUGGAAGAAAAGGGUAACUAACAGAGAAAUGAUUCAAGAAAGUUACAACAGUCCAGCAAGAGAAUUCUUCUACAUGUUUUGUUGGAAAAAACCCUCAUCUUUAACCUCCAAUAGUCUAACAACAGACACCCAAGUCCAUGAACCACAAGCAUCAUCUUCAGCUCACAUAUGGCUCAGAGCAUUUGGUGAAGAACAAGAACAUGACAACAACAUCACAGUUGACUCUGAAGUCUUACACUCUGUCCCACCAAGAUUCCUUUUCACAAUCAAAGAAGAAACAAAAGAAGAUUUGGAAUCAGAAGAGAUGAGUAAGAGAGGAUCAAGAAGGAGUUUAAGUGACGUCGUUUCAGUGGAUACACCAUUUUUCACCCCACUUGCUUCACCACCAUACUUAACACCUCCCAUAACACCUGGAGAUUAUUCUUAUAGAGCUUUUAGUCCUCUUUUUGAGGUAUCAAGUGAUUCAGAAUUCAACAGGAUAUGGGCUUCACCACCUCCUAAGUUCAAGUUCUUGAGAGAUGCUGAAGAUAAACUUCAAAGAAGAAAAGAAAUCGAAAAUUUUCAAGAUGAUGAUGAUAAUGAUGGAGUGAAAGAUGAUGAAAAUGGUUCUUUUAUCACAUUAAUUGUGUCCAAAAACAAAGAGAUGGAGGAUUAAUCAUUGCUUAAAAGUCAAUCACGUGUCGUUUCAAAGAAUCACAGUGACUUCAAGCUCUCCUUGUUAUUUGUGCAAAAAUUUUAUAUUUUUUUUUGAAUGAAUUUUAGAGAAGUUUUAACCCA